UCUCGCUCGCUCACGGUUCUGGCUGUGUCUCUCAUCCUCUUCCACUCACUCACACGUUUUCUUCCUCCCUCAUCCUUUGAAAGAAAAACUCCAACAUGCCAAUUGCCCACUUGCUGGAGCUAUGGAAAAAGAUAGAGGUGGAACCCAUGGACACAGAGCCUGCAGUGGAUGAUGCCAGCUUGGAUGAAGAAUUUAGAAGUGAGGAAGAAGGUAUAGUGAAGGAAAUAGACAUCAGUCAUCAUGUAAAGGAAGGUUUUGAAAAGGCGGAUCCUUCACAGUUUGAGUUGCUGAAAGUAUUAGGGCAAGGUUCCUACGGAAAGGUAUUUCUGGUGAGGAAGAUCAAAGGAUCUGAUGCUGGCCAGCUUUAUGCCAUGAAGGUACUUAAGAAAGCAACUCUGAAAGUUCGGGAUCGGGUGCGAUCGAAAAUGGAGAGAGAUAUUUUGGCAGAAGUGAAUCAUCCUUUCAUAGUCAAGCUUCAUUAUGCAUUUCAAACAGAGGGAAAGUUGUAUCUAAUACUAGAUUUCCUGCGGGGAGGGGACCUUUUCACAAGACUCUCCAAAGAGGUAAUGUUUACAGAAGAGGAUGUCAAGUUCUACUUAGCUGAGCUGGCCUUGGCUUUAGACCACCUCCAUAGUCUUGGAAUUAUUUACAGGGAUCUAAAACCAGAAAACAUCCUCCUAGAUGAAGAGGGUCACAUUAAGAUUACAGAUUUUGGCCUGAGCAAGGAGGCCAUUGACCAUGACAAGAGAGCGUAUUCGUUCUGUGGGACAAUAGAGUACAUGGCCCCAGAGGUGGUCAACCGGCGAGGACACACGCAGAGUGCAGACUGGUGGUCCUUUGGUGUGCUAAUGUUUGAGAUGCUGACAGGAUCAUUACCAUUCCAGGGAAAAGACAGAAAGGAGACAAUGGCUCUCAUUCUGAAAGCCAAGCUAGGAAUGCCUCAGUUUUUGAGUAUAGAAGCCCAAAGUUUGCUGAGAGCCCUCUAAAGGAACCCAUCCAACAGAUUAGGUGCUGGCCUCGAUGGAGUUGAAGAAAUUAAACGGCACCUGUUCUUUGUGACUAUAGACUGGAAUAAACUAUAUAGGAAAGAAAUCAAGCCACCUUUUAAACCAGCAGUGGGACGGCCAGAAGACACGUUUCAUUUUGACCCGGAGUUCACAUCACGGACCCCUACAGAUUCCCCUGGUGUUCCUCCCAGUGCCAAUGCUCAUCAUCUUUUUAGAGGAUUCAGCUUCAUUGCAUCCACUUUGGUGCAGGAGCCUUCACAGCCAGAUUUGCACAAAAUCACAGUUCAUCCAAUUGUGCAGCAGUUACAUGGGAACAAUAUUCAUUUUACAGAUGGAUAUGAGAUCAAGGAGGACAUAGGUGUUGGCUCCUAUUCAGUUUGCAAGAGAUGUGUGCAUAAAGUAACAGAAGCAGAGUUUGCGGUGAAGAUAAUUGAUAAGAGCAAACGAGACCCCUCUGAAGAAAUUGAGAUUCUCUUGAGAUAUGGGCAGCAUCCAAACAUCAUUACUCUGAAAGAUGUGUAUGAUGAUGGGAAGUAUGUGUACCUGGUGAUGGAGUUAAUGCGAGGAGGAGAGCUAUUAGACCGAAUCCUUCGACAGAAGUGUUUCUCAGAACGAGAAGCUAGUGCUGUCCUUUGCACCAUUACCAAGACGGUGGACUAUCUGCAUUCCCAAGGAGUUGUGCAUCGAGAUCUGAAGCCUAGUAACAUUCUCUACAUGGAUGAGUCAGGAAACCCAGAUUCCAUCAGGAUCUGUGACUUUGGAUUUGCCAAACAGCUGAGAGCAGAGAAUGGACUGCUCAUGACACCUUGCUACACAGCCAACUUCGUAGCCCCUGAGGUCCUGAAACGACAAGGUUAUGACGCAGCCUGUGACAUCUGGAGCUUAGGGAUCCUGUUGUACACCAUGUUGGCAGGAUUCACACCUUUUGCAAAUGGACCAGAUGACACCCCAGAAGAGAUACUGGCCAGGAUUGGCAGUGGAAAGUAUGCACUUGCAGGAGGAAACUGGGAUUCAGUGUCCGAUGCUGCCAAGGAUAUUGUGUCCAAGAUGCUUCAUGUAGAUCCUCAUCAGCGGCUAACAGCAGUCCAAGUGCUAAGACACCCAUGGAUAGUGAACAGGGAAUAUCUAUCUCAAAAUCAACUCAGCAGACAGGAUGUUCACCUGGUGAAGGGUGCAAUGGCAGCCACGUACUUUGCUUUAAACAGAACACCUCAGGCACCAAGGCUGGAGCCUGUAUUGUCCUCCAAUCUGGCUCAGAGGAGGGGCAUGAAAAGACUUACCUCAACAAGGUUAUAGCAGAUCCCAAAAAUGCCUCACUGAAACCCACAGUUUGUUAUUCAAGAGGGUCAUCUUUAUUACUCAGUUAACAGAACUUUGGACAACUUGCACAUGAAGUCACCAGAAUCAGCAGAAGUCCAGCAUAAGGCACAGUUACCCUUUGCUGUUUUAUUUUUUACAUUCGGGCUAGGAUCCUGAAUCAGCAGCUUCUCCAAGAUGUGCCAAUUGCCCUAUUUCCUUAUUGACUUAAAGCCAAAUAAAAUAGAUUCCCUCCCAACCCCAAGUACUAUUUUUGAAUCCUUAAGAUGUUCUGAGAUCACUUUUUUAACGCACUUUUCACAGUGAAAGCAAGCAGUUUGAUUUAAAAGUUUUCAACUGUGCCAGCAUCUGCGUCAGGGUGAAUUGGCUCAGCUAGUCAGCAGUAUACAUCUACUGAUCAUCAGCUGCACUGAAGCCCAUCUCAAAGGAAUUGAAGGUUGAGGAGACAUGGUGCCAAAUACCAGACUUAGAAAAAAUUCUGUACAAAGUGAAGGAGAAAGAGCUGUCACUGAUGAACACAUCUCCUGAUUCUGAGAAAUCUUGUGAACUCUCCCACUCUCAUCUGAUGUUGAAUAAGGUAUGGAACAGUGACAGACCCUUUAAGAGCAGAUGUCAUGAGCCCUAAUAUAUCGAGGUUUGGCAGAGAACUCUGGGAACUGCAGUCUCCAAAAGGGAUUGUUAGGUCUCAUGUGAAUGAGGAGGUCAGAUGUCUGGCCAAGACUAUACGAAUAGGAGCCUGUGGCUCAGAGAGGAGGUAUCAGGGCCGAUUCUAGGCACCAGCUUAGCAAGCAGGUGCUUGGGGCAGCCACUCCAGAGCAGGGUAGCACAUUCAGGUAUUUGGGGGCAAUUCAGCAGAGGAUCCCUCACUCGCGCUCGGAGCGAAGGACCUCCCACUGAAUUGCAGCAGAUUGCAAUCUCGGCUUUUGAGGGGAGGGGGCUGCUUGGGGCAGCAAAACCCCCGGAGCCGGCCUUGGGAGGUAUGCCCUAUGUUUGGCCUCUCCAUAGUAGCAGGCUUGAGAAAACAAGCUGAAGAUGGCUGGUGGGAUAGAGCCAGGAAAAGACCUGGGACAGACCUACAGACAGCACACAGAAAGACCCCAAGGAGGGUUAUAGCCAGAAGGAAGUCGCUUGGACAAGCUAGUGCAAGAGGGAUGUUAAAGUCAGUUGAAACUCAGUUAGGGUGGCAGGAAGUCCCUCUUUUUAUAACUGUGCCAACCAGACUAGUGGAUUGUUGAGUCCAGGAGAGGCUAAAUGGACUAUCAUUCUUGUUCCCCCAGGCCUUUUCCUGGGUCUGUUCCACUAGCCUUCCUCAGUUUGUUUGCACAGGCCUGCUACUCUGGAGAGAUCAACCCUAAAGCAUAUCUGCAUCCACUGCCCUCCUUCUAUAGUCUUGGCUUGUCACCUGACACACACUCCCAUAGACACAUGACACUCAACAGUUCCUCCCUGGGAAAUGUACUCUCCAGGUUCCCUGCUUUUAAAGGGCCAAACCUUUAAUUAUGCCUGGGCUCACGGCACUCUCCCAUAAAGGAGCCACCUGAGUCUUACAAGAUAUUUAAAUAAUAAUAAUAAAUAAUAAUAAUAAUAAUAAAGAAUACUAUGCUAUUGAGACAAAAUCAACCAUACUCUGCUAUCUGAGUUUUCCAGGUGUGGGGAAAGAAAACUUCACCAGAAAAGUCUUAGUAAAAAAAAUCUUCUUUUGCAUUUCCUGAUUUCAAAAGAAAAUGGGCAAGAUUUGUAAUGCUGGACUUAAGACUUUUUUUUAUUCCCUUUCUUAUCCAUGUUGGCUCUUGAUGGUCACAAGUUGGCCCAGGUUGUUAUUUAUAGUACUUUUGUUAAUUUGUUUUUCAAGUGAAUUUCAUCACCUCACAUGCUUUGCAGAAGCAAACAAUAUACUAUGUUGGCUUUUAUUUUCUGUUGCAAAAGGUAAAAAGAAAAAAAUGUGAACAUGGAGCUUUGUAUCCUAGAAGUGGUGUUUAUUUUGCUGUGCAUCUUGAUACUCAGCUGGAAUCAGCAGAUUCAGACUCUUUGCAGCAGUAUGUCCAGCGGAACAAGGAGUUGCAUUAACUACAGUAAUGUGCUUUCUAGGAUUACAUUUUCUAGUGUUGCUCUGAAUUUUGUUUGUUUGUAUUAGUCUAUUUUAAAAUUCAUAAUUAAUCUUAAUAAUUUAAACCAAUAUUUAAUGUUCUGUUUUAUGUGCUGUGCACACGGGACUGCAUCAAAGCAGCUCUCCUUUAAACUGUAUUUUUUUUUAAGAAUAA